CUCGAGGGAGGGGGAACGCGAAUGGAGGCCGUUGGUGUUUCAGAGGCGAAAUAAUCGAGGCAGAAAUACACGAUAAAAGCUAAAUUAAAGCCUUCGAUUAUUCUUUUUAUGAAAAGUCGCGACACUUACCUCAAAUACACUCACGACUGUGUUGACAGUGUGUGUGUGAGACAGUGUUCGUCGGAACUGAGCGUUUGUUUAUUUACUGUUUGCAGAGCUCAGAGGCCCGGAUUCACUCUGUUCACUAAUCAGGGAAUAUGAGACAGAUGCUACAAUGACAUCUAGAUUCGGAAAAACCUAUAGCCGAAGAGGAGGAGAUGGGACUUCCAAGUUUGACGAAGUGUUGUCCAAUAAAAGGGCCACGAUUAGCACCAAAUGGGGUGAAACGACUUAUAAAGCCAAGGUAGGAGCAAAGAGGCCUGGCUUGAAGACAGAUGUGACUGAUCAACACAAAAGGUCCAAGAUCACGGAAGGUGAUGGUUCAGAAGAUCCGUUUGGAUUUGAUAGUGAUGACGAGUCUAGGCCAGUCACAUCUCGUAGUGUAGGUCAGUCCAAGCCCAAGAUGACAUCCGCUGGAGGAUCUCCAGCCAGUCUAACUCUGGAGCCUAACAGCAGGGUGAACCAGCCUGCUAGUGUGGAGGCCGUCGCCCCCAGUAGGACCCCUUUCACUCUCAGUAGUGAAAGAAGUGCUCACAAAGUGCCAGAAGAUCCUGGGAAAUUCUUUAACACGUCUGCUGCAGGACAAACCUCGAGUUGGCCCAUGGACAACACGGAGCACCACAGCUAUUCAUGGUACAAAAACCCUUCUGAAAGCUACACAAGACCUCUAGCCCAGACCACCACGUUAAAGUCAGAUAAAUCUGAGGACAAGGAUUCCUAUGAUUCCUGGAAUGUUGUGGUCGGUCUCGGGGCACGCUCCACAUCGCUCUUUACCAGCCCUAAAGACCCUCCUUCUACUAUGUGGGAGUCCGGUAGAUACAGUAGCAGCAGCAGCAUUCAGAGCAAAACAUCCACAGAGACUCGCUUAGGCGACCUUGGUAGGGGAGAUUUUUAUGUUCCCGUCGAACCGUCGGAAAGCGAGGACCACUCUCAGUCUCAGCUCAGGACGUCCAACUGCAGGACGUACUGCAGGCCCAAUAAAGGCAAGCAGCCAGGUGGAGCAGAUGGAAGUGGAAGCGCAUCUGGUCACAGCUCCGGCGAAGUGUCACAGAACAGCGGGCCUGAGGGUGCCUUGAAAACAGCAAGCAGAGGUCGAACAAGAGACUACACAGUGCUGCACCCAUCUUGUGUUUCCAUGUUUAACGUCACCUUUCAGGGCUCAAUGGACCGCAGUAUGGAGGAGUACACGUCGGCCAGUUCUCAAGCAGCUGACCCAGGAGAUGCUGGAAGGCUGAGAAAGAAAGCAGAGACUGAAAGCAAACCUUUGAGUCGAUCCGGACCCACGCAAAGCAAAGUGAAGAGCAGUAAGUUGGAGCACUUUGGGUUUGAUGAUACAGACCCUCUGGCUGAGGGCGAUGAUGACUCUUCCGGAUGCUCAAAGUACAGAAUCAAAUACUUUGGCUUUGAUGAACUGAGUCCGAGCGACAGUGAAGAAGAUGAAGGAUCUUUUGAAAGGAAGACGGCCAAAAGAGAGGCUGAGAUGAGCACAUCAGGGUCAAUGAUUUCAAUGGAGUUGAAUGUAGAGGGUCUUCAUCCCAGAGAGACACAGAAUGCUCAGAGCAGUCAUGCAGCAGGUCAGAGUCACAGACUCAAAGAUAAUCCUAUGGAGAUACCUGAAGCCUACUCCACCUCCAUGACCGAGACAACCUGGAAAGUUCAGGUGAAACCUCAGGAGAAAGUCAAGGACAGCAGUCGGAAGAUCUUCAGCGGGCCCAAAAAGUCACCUACUAAAGCUGUGUAUAAUGCAAGACACUGGAACCAGCCAGAGGCUGAAGACCUGCUGCCCCCACCUCCAUCACGAUCUCAGGCCCCUCCAGCCGCUUCAUCAGGAGGCAGCAAGGAGUCAAUCCCGCACAAGGACGAUGGUGUGUUCAAAGCUCCUGCACCUCCUCCUAAAGUCAUCAAAUCUGUCACCAUCCCCACAGAGCCCUACCAGGACAUGGUCACUGCGCUAAAGUGUAGGAAAGAACACAAGGAGUUGUACACCGUUGUCCAGCAUGUGAAGCACUUCAAUGACGUUGUUGAGUUUGGCGAGAAUCAGGAGUUCACAGAUGACUUUGAAUAUCUCGCCACAGGUCUGAAGAGCGGACAGCCCCUUAACACACGCUGCCUUAGUAUUAUUAGCUUGGCCACACGUUGUGCCAUGCCCAGUUUCAGGAUGCACCUGAGGGCUCAUGGGAAAGUGGCUCAGGUCUUUAAAACCCUCAGUGAUUGCUCUCAACACCCGAAUCUUGCUCUGUGUACGGCUUCGCUGAUGUAUAUUCUCAGCAGAGAUCGCUUGAAUAUGGAUCUCGAUCGGGCCAGUCUUGACCUUAUGAUCAGGUUACUGGAAUUAGACCAGGACAAAUCCAGAGCCGAUCAGCUGACGGCCAAGGAAAUGAACAAAGUCAAAGAGAAGAUUCGGAAACUUUGCGAAACUGUGCACAAUAAGCAUCUUGACCUUGAGAACAUCACGGCGGGACAUUUAGCCAUGGAGACAUUGUUAUCGUUGACCUCAAAGAGGGCGGGGGAUUGGUUUAAAGAAGAACUCAGGCUUCUUGGAGGCCUGGAUCACAUUGUAGAUAAAGUGAAAGAGUGUGUGGAGAACCUUAGCCGAGAAGACGAUAAGGAGAAUCUGGUGGCGUCGUUGUGGGGGGCCGAGAGAUGUUUGCGUGUAUUAGAAAGUGUAACUGUUCACAAUCCAGAAAACCAAGGGUACCUAAUUGCCUACAAGGAUUCUCAACUCAUAGUGUCUUCAGCCAAGGCUUUGAGCCACUGUGAAGAAAUGAUCCAGAGGUACAGUCGAGAGAUAAACAGAGAUCUGUGCUCAUCCGGGACACCGCUGCCCUACUGCAGUAACAGUAAUGUAGGAAAAGCUGUGGAGGACUGCAUGCGAGCCAUCAUCGGAGUCCUGCUUAAUCUUACACAUGACAACGAAUGGGGAAGCACAAAGACGGGCGAGCAGGAGGAUUUCAUCACCACAGCGCUCAACUGUGUGCUCAGGGUCCCGCAGUAUCUGCCACAGGAGCAGAGGUUUGACAUCAGAGUCCUGGGUCUUGGCUUGCUCAUUAAUCUGGUGGAGUACAGCGCGAGGAAUAGACACUGUCUGGUGGAGUUACAGAUGGGAAGUGAAGUCUGGGAAUCUAUGUGCGUGUCGGACAAAGAUGAACUGCAGACUGAAGGCUCUCUCAGUGCCAUUGCUGCUCUGGUGAAGCUUUUCCUCCAGCGAGAGCAUGCAGCCGUGUUGGCGGAGGCGGAGACUGAUGAUUUCAUUAACGACGCACCAAAGCCCCAGCUGGACCAGAGUGGAGAGUGGAAGGAGACCAAUGAGGAGAUCCAGUGGGUGGCUUCAGAAAACAACAACACCACAGAUGAUAAAAAGAAGGAAGGAGAGGAGGAGGAAGAGCUUGAUCUUAACAAAGCUCUCCAGCAUGCUGGCAAACACAUGGAGGACAGUAUCGUGGCAUCAUACACUGCACUGCUUUUGGGCUGUCUGUGCCAGGGAAGCCCUAUGAAUGUGACUACUGUGAGGGAAAACCUGCCAAAAGGGGAUUUUUCGGUUAUGACAGAGAUGCUUAAGAAGUUCUUGAAUUUCAUGAACCUCACAUGUGAUGUUGGCACCACGGGGCAGAAGUCGAUCUCCAGAGUCAUUGAUUAUCUGGAGCACUGUUAAUGUGUUAGUGGAGCUCCACACAGACCUCAGCACACACCUGACCUGCCUGAUACACCUGGAGAACAAACUCAUCAUCACUCGUUCAGAAAGACUACAGAAGAAAGUUUCAAGCACACCAUACACUGAACUCUAUUAAAAGAGCCCUUUAGAAUAUGUUCAUCCAUUUCUUCAGACGUUCAUCAUCACAGCAUUGAGCGAUAAACCGUUAAUCUAUCCCUUUCUUGUAAAGUCCAUAGUGUUGCCUUGUAAUUUCACUUUCUAAGUUGCAGAAAUUCAUAAAAGUGGUGGUGAGAGUUGGAUGUCCCGCUGUUUUUACUCCACUUUUGAGUCUGUAAAUUUCAAAUGCUCAGCGUUGACCCUAACUAUUGGAGGGCGAAUAGCAUUCAAGUUUCUUGCCCUCUUUGAAAUGCAGAGAAGACGACUUAAAUCAGUUCCUUUCACCGUAGUAUAUACUCGCUUUGUGUUGCAGAAACUGUAUCUCAACUGAUAGCACCGUGUCAAAGGUCGGUGAAUGAAUUAAUCGUGUCUUUUUCGUUUCGUUAGGGCCAGAGAAAGGCAAAACGUUUUUCGAAUGUUAUAUCAGUCUUGAUGGAUUAAACGUAUGGUGCUGAUUAUUCCAUAAUGCCAACUGUAAUUGUGCAGAUAAAGUUAAGUACCCUGAAUCCCAAACCUUACGUUGCUAAAAAAAAAAAGAUUGAAAAUGAACAGGCUUACUACUGUACAUUAACCUCAUGCGGUAAGCAGAUGGUAGAAGUGCGCAAUCUUACAAUUAUUCUGCAUGAGAGAAAUUAGUAUUUCUAGUCAGUACUGACAUCUGGACCAUGUAUUUGAAUUAAAAGUGAAUAAAAAAAGAAAUCGUCCUAGGAUUGAGGUUGUGGAUAAAUGAUAACCCGACUCACCCGAGUGUAUGCUGCUACUGAGCUUCUGUUAUUGUGAACAAUGCUUUAGGACUUCCUAUCAGUAUAUAGUUGAAACUCGUGAGUGUUUUACAGAAUGAGGGUUACUACCUUAACACCACUUUGGGUUUGGAUGCAAAACUGUUGCUCUGUACACGCUUACAAAACAAACGUUCAUCCUGUAUUUAACUAGUUUCUGAAGUGUCAUAAACAAAGUCCUAUAGUACCUGAUCUUUUUAGCACUUGAUGUCUUAAGCUUUCUGAUGAGGCCAGUAUGUUACACGUUUCAACCAAAACCAUUUUUGUCUUUUCAAGUUCGUCAGUGUCUUCCUGAGUGCGCUACUGUUUGUUUACGUGCGCCGUUAAUCGCCCUUGAGAUAAGCUCGACAGAGUUUCAUUCGGUGCCAGACGUUCAAACAUCUCGCUGCCGUUGUCAGUUGUUCAAAAAGCACAGACUGAAAUGAACACAAGUUUUAUUCAAUGCACAAACCUUGUUAUGGUAAAGCAGGCUGUGCAUUAUUUUAUAAACAUUUUCUGUUGUUUGUCAAGGGAUUUGAUUUUGUUUUCACUGUUACAUGCAGUGGCGGGUGUUUUAAAGGCUCUGUUUGGUCACGAGCCGAUCCGGGCCCGGUCAUGCCGUGUGUGUGAGAGCUCCAGACAGCACUGUGAUUGAAUUCACACAGCUGGACAUGAAUGAAGCCACAUGAACUGUAUAUACUCGUGUAAAUAUUGGCUGUCGGAGAACUAGAUCGACUACUUUUUCUGAAUCCAGUCUUUUUAUUUUAUACCGCAUUUUUCUCAGUUGUGUUUUCGAGGUAAGAGUUAUUGAAAAGCCAACUGCAGGAACAUGAAAUUUGUACCAAUUUCAAACAUAAUGUCUUUGGUUACAUGUAUAUAAUUUUAAGUCUAAUAAAAAUUGCUACUUUCAGUA